CCAGGAAACGCGCAGUGAUGGCAUUCAAAGAUCCCUCUCUCUCCAUCGCCACACACACACACACGGACACACACACAUCCCGAAUCUGCGUCAUGAGCUCUACUCCGACCGUCACCGCUUCCUACAGCGCCGCAUCCGCCACAGAAACCACCACAACGGAACUCACGACGGCUCCAGAAGCCCUAUCCUUCCAGGUACCUAUUCACGUAUCCUCAGACACAACCGUGUCCUCUCAAACCAAGAAGGAGCAAUACCUCACAGCUCUAGCCCAAGCACUUGUGAACCUUCAAGAGUCCAUCAACACGGGCCUAACAGAGCGCCUAGUCCAAAAGGGCGUUCUUUCCGAAAAUACGGAACAAGAAGCGGCCACGAAGAACAAGUUGAGGACCAAGGUACCCGGACAGCCUAAUAACAGCAAGAAGGGCCAGACAAAGGCGCAGCAGCUACGGGAACGGGAAAUUCAGAAGCAACAGCAACAGCAACAGCAAGAGAAGCAGGACACUCAGCCUUCAUCAUCAGCUUUGGAAGCAGCAGCAGCAGCAACAACGGAUACGAAUGAAGGGGCACAAACGACGAUCCCCUCUACCACACAGAUUUCAGAGCCUGUUUCGACCUUUGCGGCCAUGGACAUCGACCCCUCCUCUUCCACACAGAACGUAGAGCUGGAUGAGCUAAAAUAUAGACCCAAGGGCGGUAUCUAUGAAGACGACGAAGACGACGAGAUCAACAAGGAUAAAGAUGAAGUCGAUCUUCUUAUGGAGGCCGAUCCGGGUGAGGUCGAUGGCGCAUGUCUAGAACUGCCCAAGGAGGAACAGCAGCAGCAGCAGACCAACAAGAAGAGGAAUGGAUUGCCUUCAGAUGAUGUGGCCUCCGUUUCUGCGACAACCAAGAAGUCAAGAGGAUCAGAAGAUGCAUAGUCACUGAUGGAUUGGGAG